UUAUACAGGCAUUCUUAAUGACAAUAGAAGGACGUCAGUAUUUCUUCCUUACAUCGCUGGGUCUGGCUUACACAGCUCAGUAUCUAACCUCGCAUGCGGAGUUGCCCGCCCAAAAUCCACCGUAAAUGCCCUAUAAUAAAACCAAAUCCACGGCUCUUCGUCGUCUUCCUUCUACGGGCACACGCAUAGUGAAGCCCGCCACUCAAAAGUUGAAGCCAGCUCAUGUCUACAAGCUCGGUAGAAAAAAAAAUAGACUUUUCACCGACCCAUCAAAUUAAUCCUCCAUUCCCUUCCCCAUCCCUUAUAAACUCACAGUCACAAGCACCGCCAAGCAUUCCUCAACCAUGAGCUACGACAGAAUUAGCCCAUCCAACUCCACCGCCAACGAUACCCGUCGCCAUCUCCGGUUCUGCUCCACUCGCAUCUUCUUAUUCACUCUUACUCUGUUCCUUCUCUUCGCAUCAGCCAUAAACCUUGUGCCCCGCACCAAUGGCCACCGACCCAGCCGCAAGCUCACGGGACAAGCCGGCGAGCGCGAUCUCCUUCACAUUUCUCUCAACAUGACCUUGCACCGCGUCGGCGCUGCGCUCUACGGCGCGUCGGCCAUGGCCUCAACACCCAUGGACCCGCGCAUCCGCGUUGCCUACGAAGACUGCAUAGAGCUGCUCGAUGACUCCGUCGACCAGCUCAGUCAAUCAAUCCUCGCCGUCUCGCACGGCGCCCACGCGCAUGACGACGUCGUCACCUGGCUCAGCGCCGCGCUAACAAACCACGACACUUGCUCCGAGGGCCUCGACGGCAUCCCCGACGGCUAUGUCAAACAGCAGAUGGCCGUGCACUUGAAAGAUCUCGCCGAGCUCGUGAGCAACUGCCUCGCCAUUUUCUCCGCCGCGAGCUCAAGCCAGGAUUUUGCGGGUGUUCCCAUUGAGAAUCGAAGGAAGCGCCGACUUCUGUCCGUGGAUGAUACUUUCCCGAAAUGGGUGAAACCGAAAGAUCGGAGACUCCUCCAGAUGCUUCCGCCGAUAGUACAGGCGGACUUCAUCGUGUCCAAGGAUGGCAACGGAACGCACAAAACAAUCGAAGAUGCGGUCAAGGCUGCUCCUGAGGGCAGCUACCGCCGUAUAAUUAUUUACAUCAAGGCCGGACGAUACGACGAGAACAUUAAAGUCUCAAGGAAAAAGAUCAAUAUCAUGUUCGUUGGUGAUGGCAAGGGGAAGACCGUCGUUGCCGGUUCACGAAGCAUCUACGACAACUUCACCACCUUCCACACAGCCACCUUCGCCGCGACAGGGGCGGGAUUCAUAAUGAAGGACAUGACAAUAGAGAAUUGGGCGGGACCGUAUAAGCACCAAGCCGUGGCGCUGCGAGUAGGAGCGGACCACGCGGUGGUGUACCGAUGCAGCAUCAUCGGCUACCAAGACACACUUUACGUGCACUCACAGAGGCAAUUCUUCCGAGAAUGUGACAUCUACGGAACUGUUGAUUUCAUCUUCGGCAACGCCGCUGUUGUGUUCCAAAAGUGCGCCAAAAGUGCGGUUUGGGCUCGGAAACCUCUUACGAUGCAGAAAAUAACCAUCACCGCGCAGAAUCGCAAGGACCCGAACCAGAACACCGGGAUCUCGAUCCAUGACUGCCAGAUUCUACCAGCGAGCGAUCUUAACGCCAGCGCGGGAAACAUGAGCUCUCAGACGUUUCUUGGCCGGCCAUGGAAGCUGUACUCGAGGGUGGUGUACUUGCUGUCGUAUAUGGGUGGGCACAUUGAGCCGAGAGGGUGGCUAGAGUGGAACCAGACAUUUGCGCUCGACACAUUAUAUUACGGAGAGUACAUGAACUACGGGCCGGGAGCUGCCGUCGGAAAGAGGGUACAGUGGCCAGGAUACAAAGUGAUUACGCUGCCGGAGGAGGCUGGAAAGUUCACCGUCGCUAAUUUUAUUUUCGGCUCCUCAUGGCUUCCGUCCACCGGAGUCGCCUUCCUCGGCGGACUCCUGUACUAACCAUUCUGAUUUUUUGUUGUUCUGCUUUUUAGGUGGCUUUAUGUCGUUUAGAAUUUAUUUGGCAUAUAAGCUGACUCGGAGGAAAAAUUGCCUACAAAGAUUAUUUAGAGGAUAUUGGAAGGUUAUAUCCGCCUUAUAUUUACAUAAUUUAUAUGUAAUCUACAAAUAUAUGAAAACAGAAGCGCAAGACUUACUAGAAGAUACAAAUAGGUUAUAAAAAUAUUAUAGGGGAUAUAACAUGGAUAUAACUCCUCAAUUUCUCCUUAAUAAUCUUCCUAACGUACACAACAGCGCAUAAUUGGUGUUUAUGUUUGUAGAAGGGUGUUUUAUUUUAUUGGUUAUUAGUUUUUCGGGGAGCGUGUUGGGGAAUGGGCAAGAUAAGUGUAUAUUCCGGUUAAGUUUUUAGUCUUUGACAGGCGAUGGAAAUAAAUAUUAAUUUAAUUAA